CGUCGGCUUGCCUCUCGUACCCUGCCCCGUCCCCUCCGAUCAUGCCUUCGGCGGCCGUUCUAUCCUCCUUCGUGAUAACUCCUCCCUCCAAGAGUCGUCGGCGAAGUACAUCAUCCACCAGUACAUCGCGGCGACGGGAGGUCAGGCGGCGCUGACGUCGAUAAGCACCAUGUACGCGGUGGGGAAGGUGAGGAUGAGCGCGUCGGAGUUCCAGGGGAGCGACGGCCCCAACGAGGUCGGAGGGUACGUGCUGUGGCAGAGGAGCCCCGACGUGUGGUACUUCGAGCUCAUCAUGGCCGGAUGUAAGAUGAGCGCCGGCAGCGACGGAAAGCUCACCUGGAGGCAGUCCGCCUCCAUGCAAUCCCACGCCCUCAGAGGCCCCCCGCGCCCGUUGCGCCGAUCUCUGCAGGUGUCGACACCGUGAUUUCUGCCAGUUGGCUCCAAUUGAAUGGGAUUGAGCAAUUGGAUUUUGAUGAUGACGAAACAGGGAUUGGAUCCGAGGUCGACGGCGAACCUCUUCUCGAACGACGCGGUGUGCACCGGCGAGAAGACGAUCAACGGCGAGGAAUGCUUCAUGCUGAAGCUGGAGGCGGAUCGGGAGACGCUGAAAGCCCGGAGCGCCGCCAACUUCGACAUGGUGCACCACACGAUAUGGGGUUACUUCAGCCAGCGCACCGGCCUCCUCGUCCAGCUCGACGACACCUACCUCCUCAGCAUGAAGGGUGCCGGCGGCUGCGGCCAGACCAUCUUCUGGGAGACCACCAUGGAGUCCGCCCUCGACGACUACCGCCUGGUCGACGGCGUCAGCGUCAGCGUCAGCGUCGCGCACGCAGGCCACACCACCGUCACCCUGUCCCGGUACGGCGAGGGCACGGCCAAACACAAGCGGAGGAUGGAGGAGACGUGGACCAUCGAGGAGGUGGAUUUCAACCUCUUGGGCUUGUCCAUGGACUGCUUCCUCCCGCCGGCCGACAUGAAGAAGGACCAAGACGGAUGGCAGCAGUGAAUCAUGCCUCGAUUCUUCAAAUCUUUGUCUCCCUUGAUCGCGUUCUUGUAAAUAUAAUUAAUCAAUUGAUACAACGAUCAGGCUGUGAUUUUAUUUUUCA